AUGAUUUACAUCGAAGUUGUAAAGGACGUCAAACCAAUCAAGCAACUGCAAAUGAUACCAUGUUAUUGUUGCAAAAAGUACUUCGGUAGCGAAUCACUUUUACAAAGCCACAUCAAAUUCUCUCACGAUACCGGCGAGAAAAAGUGUAAAAUUUGCCAAGAAACCUUCCAACACUCGGAAGCCCAAAAAGCCCACAUGCAAAAAUUCCAUCUGAAUCAAUUCAAUUACUAUUGCAAGCUCUGUGAUGAAGGUUUCUCAUUGCGCAACGAAUACGAGCACCACAAGGAAACCUUGCACGAACCCAAAAAAUCCUGCAAAAUUUGCAAACAAUUUUUCGACUCUACCAAAAGCCUAAAAGUCCACAUGGAUACUCACCUGGGAAACAAAACCAAGCACGAAGAAUGUCCCAUUUGCAAGGGCCUAUUCAAAGAUCUGCAACGUCACCAUUUCCAAAGCCACACAAAUGAACGCAAGUUGAUUUGUGACAUUUGCGGCAAAGAUUUCAAAGAAAUCGGGACGUUGAGGCUUCAUAUUAUGAUCCACAAAGGUAUAAGGCCUCAUGUUUGUGAAGUUUGCGGUUUCGAAUUUUUGACCAAACAAAAGUUGAAUGUGCAUAUGCGAAGACAUACUGGAGAGAAGCCUUAUAGUUGUGAGGUUUGUGCCAAAACUUUUACAAGACGAGGAGGGUUGGUUCAACAUUUUAGAUUGCACUCGGGAGAAAAACCUUAUUCGUGCAAAUAUUGUUUGGAAACUUUCAGUAGACAGUGGUACCUUUCGAGGCAUUAUAAAUCACAACACAAAGAUAUUGUUAAUGCAUAA